AUGUUUGCGAUGUUCUAUCUUGCCUUGCAUGAGCUCAACAUGUCCAAGUUCCCAAAUCCUUCAAGUCCAAGUCCUUCAUUCCAGAGUCCUCCAAGUCCUUCAAGUCUUUCAAGUCCAAAGUCCUCCAAGUCCUUCAAGUCCAAAUUUUCCAAGUUCAAGUCCUCCAAGUCCAAGUCCUCCAAUUUCAAGUCCUCUAAGUCCAAGUUCUCGAAGUCGAAGUCCUCCAAUUCCAAGUUUUCCAAGUCCAAUUCCUUCAAAUCCAAGUCAUCCAAGUCCAUGUUCUUCAAUCCUCCAAGCCCAAGUCCUUCAAGUCCAUGUCCUCCCAGUUCAAGUUCUCCAAGUCCAAGCCCUCCAAAUCCAUGUUCUCCAAUUCCAAGUUCUCCAAGUCGAAGUCCUCCAAUUCCAAGUUUUCCAAUUUCAAGUCCUCCAAGUCCAAGUUCUCCAAGUUGA